AUGCCUCCGGCAUUAAGACCUGCAGCAGUAGCAACGCCAUCGCGGAGUCUCCUUCGAUAUUUGCACGCCCAAUCCGAGGGGUUGUGUUAUGCUGAAUAUACUAUUCGCCUGGGUGUUUCGACGAGGCGCAAUGUCUCUACGAGAUGUCGGGGUGUAGGGGAACAGAGACAGGGCGGGUUCUUGCCGCAGCUGGAGCUGAGGAAACAACCGGGGGCGGCAAAAGAGAGGUGGGCUUCGAGUAGUAGUAGUGGUGGGGAAAAGAAACCACCGGUCAAAAAGGAAGAGGUGGCGUGCAAGAGGUCGUGGCAGGAUUGGUUGUUUGGGAGUGCGCCGAAGAAGGCGAGGGAGCUGCUGAAGGAGGAUGACUUGCCGGUGCAGUUGGAGGAGGAGUCGGGGAGUAUUUUCCAGAGGAGGGCGCUGACGAGCAAGGCGGCGCUGGAUCCGAGGUUGAGGUGUACCGAGGUGGAUGGGAAUGGGGAUGUUAUCAUGGUGGAUGGCGAGUUGAAGAAGAGUGAGCUUAUUGCGAAGAUUGACUCGUCCAACCUGCCACAUAUUCUCGUUCGACCGUCGGCGAUUCUGCUCAACUUGCUGCACUUGAAGGUGCUGAUUAAGCAUGAUCGGGUGCUGCUGUUUGAUGUGUACGGGUCAAAGUCGUCGUAUCCCCAGUCGGCGUUUAUGUAUGAUUUGCAAGGGAAGCUUCAGCAGAAGCAGGCGGCCGGGGCGAAUAGCUUGCCAUACGAGUUCAGGGCGCUGGAAGCGGUGCUGAUGUCGGUUACUUCGGAGCUGGAAGCUGACUUUGAGUCGGUGCGGGACCCCGUUAUUCGUGUGCUCAGCGAGCUGGAGGACGAUAUUGAUCGGGAGAAGCUCCGGAUUUUGCUCGUCUUGUCCAAGCGGGUUAGCACGUUUGAGCAAAAGGCAAAGUUGGUCAGGGACGCUAUUGAGGAGUUGCUUGAGGCGGAUGAUGAUCUUGCGGCUAUGUAUCUCACUGAGAAGACGCAUGAUUUGUUCCGUGGGGAGGACGACCACACGGAGGUUGAAUUGCUGCUGGAAUCGUACAACAAGAUUUGCGACGAAGUGGUGCAGGAGGCGAGCAACUUGGUCUCGAGUAUCAGGAACACGGAAGAAAUUAUCCGUGCUAUUCUCGAUGCCAACCGCAACUCGCUCAUGCUUCUCGACCUCAAGUUCAGUGUUGGCACCCUCGGUCUUGCCAUGGGCACUUUCCUAGCAGGCCUGUACGGCAUGAACCUGGAGAAUUUCAUAGAGGAAACCAACUGGGGUUUCGGGGCCGUCACUGGAGUGUCAUCCAUUGCCUCGCUCAUUGUCUGCUGGUAUGGAUUGGUCAAGCUCCGCAAGAUCGGCCGGGUCAAGAUGAACAUUCACGACGUGCGAAGAGGAGGCGGCCAGAGCCAUUGGUACCGUGAGGACGGCACCGACGUGCUCCUUGAUCCUACCAACCGGGAACGGUUGAGGAGGAUGAACAUGCUCAAGAACGCUAAGCAGCCCAAGGCCAAGAAGUGGCCAUUCUGA